AUGUUCCCGUGUCCCAUUGGUGCGCAGGUGGAAUACGCCAUAUUAAAAAGUAGAAAACGGGGAAUAAUUCCUGUUGCACAUUUUUCGAAACGAGUCAGUCAAAUUGCCAGCGCUUCUAUUAGCACCAUUAAGAAGAUCCAAGGUAAGGAAUAUUUAAGGAAAAAUCUACAUAAAAUUGGCUUUAAAUGGAAAAGAUGUCGGAAUAAACGGAAAAUAUUAGUUGAACGCGAGGACAUAAUUUUAAAGAGAAUUUAA